AUGUCUAAGGUUCUCAUUCUACCAGCCCCUCUUCCUUCGAGCUCUUUCGCUCUCGGGCAGCUGCUCACCGAUCCUCUGAGCUCUGAUUCAAUCUCCUUCAAGCCAACAGCAGACCCAUCCGUUGGCAACGUCGUGGUACUGAAUGCUGAGGAAUCCACUCUCGCUUCACUCACCGAUCCGUCUGCCGCCUUUGAGGCGCUUCGCCGCGACACUGAAGCCCAAAGUUUCCUUCGCAGAUCCGGUCUGCAGCGUCAGCCACUAUAUUUUGUCACUGGUAUCCAGAAGCUCAAAAAUGUUUCGUACUGCCGAACGUAUACGAAGGACGGCUCGGCAGCUGAGAGUUCUGGCCACCAGAUCCGGCUACCUGUGCCCCAGCGCCGCGAUUCUGCAGAACUCGAAUCCGAGGAAGAGGAUGCGAAGGAGUCAGUGUUCGCUGUUGAGUUGAUGAAGGUCGCUUGCCGUGCCGGAGCCAUAGAAGAGCCUCAUAGCAUUGAGGACAUCGACUACACCUGGACGUAUCAAACUCUUGAAGAGCCGGACAUGCAACUCUCUAUCGGCUUUGGCAAAGCUCUACAGGCAAAAGAGUUAAGAGCGCUUGCUGGUAUUGUCAUCGACGAAGACUUCGAGGCGCAAGGACAUUACACCCACUACUUCGACGAUGAGGGUUUGUCAGGUUUCUCCAGCGACUAG